AUGACGCUCGAGGAAGUUGGGAAGAUCUUCGAGGAGGAAAGCAGAGCCUCAAAGCCGCUGAUCCCAACUAAUAUGGUAUCGCAACCGCCCAAGUUGUUGUCGACAAGUGUACCGAGAUCCUCAAAUUGCUCGGCAGAAUGGUCGACAAGCAAUGCCAUUCACGAGUCGGACCAGCAAGAACUCGUUAAAGAAUUGAUCGACGAACGCGUCGCAGUCUACCAUAAGGAUCACCAGGCUGACCAUACGAUCCAAUAUAAUUUCAAAAGCGGUACAAAUGACCUUUCAAUUCAUCCCUCCCUUUCACUUCUACACCGCACAAGGCUCUCGACUCCGACAGACCCAGAAGCUCUCACACAAAAGACGACCCCCCCCUCCACUCUCGCGACAGUACAUUCACCCCGGGCGAACCCCCCGUCAACGAACGGGUCGGUUCAGUCCAAAAAGCAAUCCACCUCCGGAGGGGAGAAGGACUGCGAAUCCAUCGACAUUUCUUACUGCUCCGCGUUAUACUUAGUCUGCUGCCCCUGCCUUGGUCGUCGCGAAACGGCCCGCUAUUCAUCGUCCGAAGGGGCCGAGCGUCAUCCAUUCUCCCGUUUACAGCAUAUCGACAUUUCACCGGCCGCAUAUUCUUAUGGAACUGAGUCGAGACCACCGGUGUAUACGCAUGGUCGCAACGCAACCCGCCAUUCUCUGCUCUGCGAGCCUGGGGGUUUACGUCCACUAGGCACGUCCUAUUCGUGGAACCCAGCGUGGGACUUGGAAGAGUGCCUGUCGCGUCCUUAUGCACUGGGAGAGGAUGCUCAGGACCUUGAACGGUUGCUUCAUUUGUGGACGACAUUGUAUGAUGCGUCCGCAACCACAAAGAUAUAG